AUGGUUCGUCUCACCAAAGAAUACAAUAAUGGUUUGAGAUCUCCUGUGAGUUAGAGUGGCUCUAAUUUUGAAGGUAUCAAUAAAUUUGAUUUGAUUUAUAAACUAGAGAUGAAAAGUACAAGGAGAAAUACGAGAGGAAUGACUGAGCUACGCAAGCAUGAAACUACAAUAGAAAAUAAACUAGAUAGUUCGCAGCACAAAAAUAGCGUUUUCAAUGAAUCUGUUGGACAAUAACUAAGUCAAAUGAUGAAGGGGACCUAUCAGAUAAUUAUUGGUAUGAAUUAAUAUCAUUUACAAAAACUAGGGAACAAAAAGGUAAAUUUUGAUAUUUAUGAUGAGAUAUUUCAUCUUUUGCGACCCAAUACCAGUACUAUUUCCUCAACAUCCUGCUUCUCAUGUGAUAAGGAUCUCACUAAAAACAAAUCUGUCCAGUAUUGCUCUAGAGGAUAGAUAGGCACUGCUGAUUAGAAGGGCAAGAUCUGCAAAAUUUGUGAUAGAAAGUUCAUACUCUAUGACACAUACGCUGAAUAUGCCUACGAAAUAGAAUAAAAAGACAUAUUAAUAAAGGAUGAAGCUGAAAUCCUAGAUUAAAAAGCCCUAGAAUUCGAGGAAUCUAAAUAAUAGCUUUAAUUAAUGAGGAAUGAGGUCAUCGAAAAAGAAAAAAUUAUUCAAGACAGCGAUUAUUAAACGAAUAGGGAACUUGAAACAUUAGAUAACAAUAUAGACAACAUUUAGCAACAAUUAGAUAAGAUAAAGCUAAAAUAUAGUACGAAAUAGUUUGAUCAAAAAGCAAUUAACUCGCAGUAUAUUGUUGAAAAAGAAGAAGUAAACAGAUUAGAGAGGGUGCUUUAUUAGGAAAAAUAAAUGUUUGAGAUGAAGAUAAUUGAAUUCUAAAAUAACGAACAGCGAUAUUAAACAAUGAUGGUUGCAAUAGAUAAGAAAAAAACUCAAAAUUAGAAUAAUUCUAAGGAUGAGAGUCGAGUGACUCAUAAGGGAGCUAUUGAAGGUCGAGCAUUAUAAAGUCAUUCUUACAUUAACUAAAAUAGUCAAGAUUAAUAAAAACCUUAAAUGAGUUUAUCGCCAAUAAGAAAACCGCAAUCUGGAGACAUCUAUAACGCAGAUGACAAGGUACUUGGCUAGGCUUAAGGGGCUGUGAAUAAUCAGGCAAGCUACUAAACCUUUGAUUCAAAUGGAUUGAUUAGAACCUCUGAUAGAUCUCAGUAGCUUAAUAAAAAAGCAGGCAGCCGAAUAAGUAGAAUGGAAUCGUCUAAAGGCUGCUGUGCUCCUCAAGUGGAUUGGAGGCUUGAGAGUCACUAGAAGCAACGCAGAAACCUCCGACAAAAAUUGGCAAGAACAGAGGGAGUUUCCUACUCAUAUAAUGAUAUGAGAGUACCGCAAUUAUCCUACCGUGAAUAUCUCCUAAGAAGAGACUAUGUUUAACUUGAGCUCUCUACUCCUCAAGGAUAGCAAUUACUAUUUAAACUUAAAAUGAUGCUGAAAUGCGCGAUUGAAGGUGAUUUGGAUGGAAUCAUUUAAAUCUGUGAAGCCCAUCAAGUUGAGAAUAUAGUGAGAGUAACUGGGGAAUUAAGAGAGGUUAAAUUAUUAGGUUAGCAAACAACUACUGAUGACUGGAAUCCAAUGCAUCUAGCUAUAUAUUACAAGCAUUUACCAAUAGUUAAAUAUUUUCUUGAGACAUUGCAACUAAAUCCAAGGCUAACUUUGCUUGGACCACUUGAACUUGACCAGACCAAAAAUCAGGAAGAGAUAGUAGUAAAGACUUCUAUAGAGGCAUUAGUGCCGUUUCCUUCACUUCAAGUGCUCUGCUACUCAUUGGUCUUGGCUAUAAAUAACAAAGAUUACAAUAUGCUAAACUAUUUGUUGAAUUAAUUUAGUUAAGAUGGAAAGUUUGUUAGUUAUCCGAUUUGGAAUUCUGAAUAAUUGAGCUAUGUAUUAACAGGAGUGAUUGCUGAAAAGUGGAUAGAAGGUAUUGAUGUUGUAUUAAAAGGAAAUUGUUCUUAGCAUAUCUAUUUGAAUAUGGAUUAUCAUUAAAGGACGGACUUUAUUGGUGAAAGAAUAGCUAGACACUUAACAGAGAAGCUAGAUAAAGCCGCUAAAUUCAAAAUAUUGAGCAACUUAGCAGAAUUUCCUUACGCUGGGUUAAGCAUAGGAUUUCUUGUAGACGAUUUAGACUGCUCAUAAAUUUUACUAGAAACAGCUCUAGACAAUAUAAGUAUUGAUGAUCUUGAGCUGAUGUACAUUUAUGAAUUAGAAGAAAUGCCAAAAUUGAUCAUAAAGCUAAAGGCUAGGGGAGUGUCAAAAGAAUUAGUUAAACGAGUAUUUUCAUACGAAGAUAAAGAUCUUAAAGAUAAAGCUUCACUAAAGUAGAAAUUUUUAGAAUUCAUUGACCUCUGUAUUGAGGGUGAUCUAGCUAAAGUAAAGUAUUUUGUGAGGUCUUAAGAAUUGCUUAGUGUCAAUUACUACUACAGUCUUCAAAAAAAAUCUAUUCGCUUUCUUUUCAGGUAGGAGCCUCCUGAUACGAAGUAUUUUACACCUCUAAUUUAUUGUAUAUUCUACGAUAAGCCAAAGGUUUUAGAAUAUCUAAUCUAAAAGGAUCUUAUUAAUGGUUACAGCGGAUUAAAAGAACCCCCAUACACCUUUAGUGAAAAUGAGGAUGAAGAAUUAGAUGAAUUAGGCGUUGCUGACGACGAGUGGUUCUAAAGUUCUUCUUCUGAAAUAUUUUGUUUAGAAAUUCUGAUAAGCACUAGAAACUUCUGGCUAUUUGAUUAUGUGAUAAAUAAAUUCCAACAUCAAUGGUGCUUUACUCAUUUUUGUAUGAUCCUUGAACAUACAAUACAGAGAAUGGACGAGGAAACAUUGACUUAGCUGUUCAAAAACAAAGUAUUUAAUGAGGCUUUUGAUGUCCUUAGAUACCAAGAUUAGUUUAAUGUACUUCAUUAUUUCACAACAAAAAGCAUUGAAUACAUUAGUCUUGACAUAAAGAAUCAGAGUAAAUAUGAAAGAAGGAUUAAUAUAGCGAUGAGUCUUUUAGAUCUAUUAUCAUAAAGGCCUUUUUGUCCUCAAUAUAUAUUUAUAUUGAUUGCAAUGGAGGAUGAAAUCAAGAAUGUUUUUUGUGCUGAAGGAGAGAAAUUUUUUAAUUCGAUUUUUAAGAAAGCAUAUAGAAAUACAACUGAUGAAGAUGUUGAAAUCCUUAUAAAAGUAAAGAAAGAUGAAAUAUUAGAAAUUACUUCUGCAGAAUUCAAAGCUGAAAACAAAGAUAAUGCUCUCGUAUUGGCUGUUAUUAAAAGAAUUGAAUCCAAACUUAUAUAAUGA